AUGGCUUCAACUAGUCAAGAUAGGCAAUUAAAAGACUUUGAAAUAUGGACAACAGCUGUGCCUACCUCUUUCUUAACAGAUAUAUCAAUUUUAAAAUUAUUGAAACGACGUGAGAUUGGGAAACGUGAAAGAUUCAUAAGUAAUCAGAAAUCAUCUGUGCCAAAAGCAACCGGAUCAUUUACAAUUAGUGAAAAAAUUAACCUUACUAAUAGAUUUCGUCCAAAUCGGCCAGUUGUAAUUCAAAAAUUACCGGUUCAAAUGUUGUGCUGUGAGCAUUUACCGGACGAGAAAUUAGUUACUGCAGCUCAAGAUGGAAAAAUGCGUUUUUACAUCCGAUAUUCGAAAGAAUACAAGUUUUAUCGGGAAUGUCGUAUACCACAUGGCAUAAAAUGGUUUCAUGAAAUUACUGUUCGUCCUAACUUUAAUCAAAUAGCUUGCGCAGCAGGCGAUGAUCGUGUUUAUUGUUAUUCUAUUGAUGGUUUUGAAGUAGAAUUACUUUGGAGUAAGAAAUGUGGAAUAAUACCUGCACCUAGAUUUCGAAAUAGGCCAUUAUUUCCGAGCUUACGUUAUAGCAUGAAUGAUAGCUACUUCUUAGUUGCUGGUUUGUAUGGUUAUGUCACCAUGCUGGAUAAUGAGACACAUGAUCUUAUCCAUGCGUUUCGAGCACAUCCAAAUGAUCCAAUGGCUAUUUAUUGUUGUAAAACUAAUCCAGAUGUAUACUGUACUGCAGGUCCGGAGGGAUAUUGUAAGGUAUGGGAUAGACGUGUAGCCAGUACACGAAGUAUCACUGGUAUAAGUACUCCUGUUGGUCGUUUUACUGGACAUAUUUCUCCAGUUACUUCACUUGAUGGUGAUUGUUUGGAUAGAUAUCUUGCAUCAACUGGUGGCGAUGAAACUGUUAAAAUUUGGGAUUUUCGUCGUUUUUCCCAUGUAUGUUAA